GUUUCUCUCUCACACUGAUGGAGAAUAUGAUCUGUGUGAUCGUUUUACUGUGUUCAUGUGUGUGGCAUCUGACCGGUGAGUGAAUACUUUAAGAUUUUACUUCUUACGGUCGCUGCCUGAACUUACAGGAUUCACUUUAGCCACAAUAUUCACCUAAAAAUAUGCAUGUGGAUCACCUAAAUAUAUUUAAGUUUAUUUCAGCCUCACAAUGUGUGUGUUUGUGUUGUUCAGGUGUGUUUGGUGAUGAAGUGAAGUCAGUGUCAGUGAUGGAGGGACAUUCUGUGACUCUACACACUGAUACUGAACUACACACACAUGAUGUGAUCGAGUGGAUGUUUGGUGUUCAGAGUCCAGAUGAGAUUAUAGCUGAAUUCUACAGAGAAGCCAAUAUAACAUCAUUUAUUAAUGAGAGAUUGAAGAAUCAUGUAGAGAUAGAUGCUCAGACUGGAUCUCUCAUCAUCACAAACAUCACAACUCAACACACUGGACGCUAUCAACUAGAGAUCAACAGAAAACCUUCUGCUCACAUCAGACACUUCAAUCUGACUGUCUAUGCUCGUCUGUCUGUUCCCGUCAUCUCCAGAGUCUCUUCUCAAUGUUCUUCAUCAUCUUCAUCAUCAUGUUGUUGUGUGUUGUGUUCAGUGAUGAAUGUGUCACAUGAUGUGAGCGUCUCCUGGUACAAAGGAAAGAGUUUAUUGUCCAGCAUCAGUGUGUCUGAUCUCAACAUCAGUGUGUCUGAUCUCAACAUCAGACUCUCUCUACCUCUGGAGGUGGAAUAUCAGGACACAAACACAUACAGAUGUGUGGUCAACAAUCCCAUCACAAACCACACACAACAUCUACACAUCACUCAACUCUGUCACACGUCUGCAGGUCUCACCUUUGUUCUGAUCUGUUGUGCUGUUGUUGGAUUUCUGACGAUUGUAACGGCACUUCUGAUCUUCUACAUCAGCAGAAAACACAGAAAAACUAUAAAUAAAGAUCAUCAGACCGGUGAAGAGGAGAUCACGUAUGCAGAACCAACCUUCUGUGAAAGACCAACACAUAAACCGGUGAGAUCAUUCAUGACUGAUCAUGUGGAGUUAUUACAGUCAUUCAUUCAAAUCAACCUCAGAAAAAUACAUCUUAAAUUAAACUCAUAACACAAACGGAUCCUGUGAUCGCCAUUACAAUGGAAAACUAAAUAUUUAUAUACACUAUUAAAAA